AUGAUAAUUUUCCUUUUGUCACUCAUAUCAAGUGUUUCCUCAUAUGAAUGCGGCGGAACAACCUCAAAAUCGUCAUACAAAGUAGGAGACCGUAUCCCAGUUUGUGUAAUUUUUUGAAAUGGCUCAACCACAAAAACUAUCACUUUUUACCCUAAGCUAGAUGACUAUUCAGCAGUAGAAGUCAAAGGAAUGUUCGCAGGAAUCCUAGCAACAGGGAAUUAUAGCUUAGCUGUACAAGCAGAAGCAGGUAGUAAUACAACAUUCCUCCAAUAUAUACAAACAGGUGCUCACAAUGUUUCUGACUUCGUAGCUCCAGUCUACAGUGUCGUCGUCGAAAUGAGGGAUGGAAAAGUAAAAGACGUAGUCUGGGACAAUGACUGUGACCUUUGUGACUAUGGCUGCCUGACCGAUACAGGAGAUGUCUGCACGGUGGACUUGUGUGAUUUGCAAACGAACUCAACAGACCCUCUUAAGUCUGAUUGUGACCCCAAAAUCUACGUCUCUUGGAUGGGGAAAAAGAGGCUCCAUGUCAAAUAACUGUUGAUUUUUGACAGUGUACAUUUCAUCGAAAUCCAUUUGGUCGAAAAUUUUUGAUAGUGCGACAUUUGGCCAAAAAUUAACGGUUUUUUUUCGGUCAAAUGUCACUAUCAAAAAUUUUCGAUCAAUUUUCGGCCAAAAAUUUUUCGGUGAAAUAGACACUAUCAAAAAGGCAAAGUCAUUUGACCUGCACAGGGAAAAGAUGACUCAGGAAAUUAUCUUAUGAGCGCUGGGUACCGAAUUUCUCAGUUCAGGAAAUACAGUUUAUAUGAUACUUAUAAGAGCGCAAAGAAGAGCUUUUAA